GCACAAUAUCGGCGUAUUUUUUGUCAAAACCGUCUUGAAGCUUAUGAUACGAUUACUGAAGACAAUCUGGUUCCUUCUGAUGUUACAUUAUAUGAUGCAAUUAAUUUUGUAGCUCAAGCAUGGAAAAAUAUUACUUCAAAAACUGAAUUGGAAGCCUCUGCAUCUGAAGAAGCCGAAUUGGAAGCAGAGAUUAUUAAUCUUAUUGAAUGUUUACUAAUUGAUGAUCCCUUAUAUGUACAAGAAUAUAUCGAGAUUGAUAAUUAUAUGAAUAUCGAAGAAGACUUAACUAUAAAUGAAAUUGUUGAUAUAGUUAACGGACAAGAUGAGAGUGAAUCAGAAAAAGAACAAGAAGAAAUGGUUAAAAUUGGGGAUGCAAUCGUAGGACUUGAUAACUUGAUAAAAUAUGUUCAGCAAAAUGAUCUAGAAAUUACUUCAUCUUUAAUGAAAGAUUUGUGUAGUCUUAAAAAGUAUAUCAGCUAUUUGUGUAAUGAAAGUAAAAGACAGGCUAUAUUAGAAGAAUUUAUUAACCUUAUG